AUGUGUGUGUUGCAAGCUCAUUAUAUUCUAUUCACUGGAGCGUUACCUGUCUGACAGGGUAUACACAAAGAAAAUGCUUUAACAAAUUUUAGAGUUACGCUGUGAGGUGAUCUACUAACGUGAAUCUUGCAUUAAAACUCUUGACGGCGACAGGACGCCAUUAUGAACGUCCCUUGUUUCGUUGGAAUAAGUGUGUGGUUGUUCGGACCGCUGAUCUCAGGUGCAUGUAAUGUCACGCUCCAUGCUCACAGGGAACCGCUGAAUUUCACAUCUCCUAACUACCCAGGGUACUACAGAAACAAUGACAACUGCUAUUGGGACAUCUACCCUGAAACAAGAGGCUACAGGGUUGUGCUCGAAAUGGUGUAUUCAAAUAUCGAAAGAUCCUCCACCUGUGCAUAUGACGUCCUUACAAUAUACGUCAUAAAUAAUGCUAAUCAAAGUAAAGCCUCGUCACGUAGAAUCUGUGGAGAAAGCAGAUGUAAUAUUCUCAUCCAAGAAGACCAACACUUCCAUGCAGUGUUCAAGACUGAUAGCACUGGAAAUACAAAAGGUUUUCUAAUUAGAUACUAUGAAAAAACGGGUGACGAAAACUGCGGUGUACCUCUCGUAGCAACUUCUGUCGGAAAGACAUUUACCUCCCCUGGAUACCCAAACACCUACUUCCUGAAUCAUACUUGUACAUGGACUAUUACAACAGAACAUCCACACCAAACCAUUCAACUGGACACCAUGGACUCGGUACUUCAGAAGAUCUCCUCUCAUGGAACUUGCGACUGGGAUUAUGUCACUGUAUACAACGGUCAAUACGGUUCCCAACAGCUCGGCACUUUCUGUGGCAACGAAAGACCCGUAUUUAACAGCGGUGGGAACGCCUUGAGUGUUCGCCUACGAACUGAUUCCUCAGGAAACUACAACGGAUUCAAGAUACUAUACAAAGCCAUACCGGCAACAACGUGCAAAGUCGCGCUUCCCGCAGUUUACAGUCCGAUGGUGAUUGUCUCCCCUGGCUAUCCAAACAACUACCCAAAUGGAUUGGACUGUCAGUGGACUAUACAUGCGUGGAGAGGCAUCAUCACGGUGACAGUUUUGUUUCUUGAUUUGGAAAAUGUGUCAUCGUGCCUGGACGAUUAUCUACUGUUUAAGGAUGGUAAGACGGACGAUGCUCGCCAACUGGCAAAGAUUUGUGAACGUAGGUCUACUCCCAUCGUCAGUUCCAGUUACUAUAUGACCAUCAUGUUUCACUCAGACCAUGCUGUCACAGGAGGAGGCUUUCGUUUGCAGUACACAUCUGCUACCGACUGUGGAUUCCCAUAUCUUUCCGCAUCUUCUGCCACAUGGAAGACCUUGACCUCUCCUGGCUAUCCUUCGAACUAUGAUAACAAUGAAAACUGCCUUUGGCAAAUUAGAGCACCAAAUGGAUAUGGCAUUAAAGUCGAAAUUCUUUAUUUGUCUUUGGAAUCUUCGUCACUUUGUUCAAGGGACUAUCUUGCCUUUCAGCAGGGUUCCUGGUUUUGGAGUCGUCAGUUGGGUAAAUAUUGCGGUGUUUACAACAACAAGCAGGUCGUCGGCACCAGCAGCUAUAUGGCUAUCACCUUCCACACCGACGGCUCUACCACGCGACCAGGUUUUAAUCUGAAAUACAAAGCUGGGAUAAUCCCUCCAAAGAGAAAUUGUUCAAAGCUCAGCGCCAGCAAAUAUUCCUGGAGGUAUUUGUCAUCCUUUGGGUACCCACACUACAACUUCAGUAACUAUAUGUACUGCGAGUGGACAAUCUCCGCACCUGCUGGAUAUAAAGUAAAGGUUGCAGUUCAGAGUAUGUCUGUGGAAUACGACCCAUCCUGUUCUAAAGACUACGUGCUCUUCAGAGGUGGUUCACCGUCUUAUGCCAGUCGGUUGGGUAAAUACUGUAGUGACAUCACCGGCUACAUCGUCAGCUCCCGCAACGCAAUGACCAUCACUUUCCGCACUGACAGUUCUACAGACAAAGGAUUUUCUCUGAGAUAUAUUGCAGGGUGUUGCGAAGAUGAUACGAUAAGCAAUGAGACAAAAUAUAUUGUAUCUCCGAAUUAUCCUCUGCCCUAUCCCAACAAUGCGGACUAUGAGUGGAUGAUCAGCACAUCCAUUGACGGAUAUGUAAUCCAUGUUGAAGUGGUGUCUUUCAGCACUGAGUGUCCCCAUGAUUAUGUACAGCUCUAUGAUGUCACGAGUAUUGAAAGCUCGAUCGGUCGAUGGUGUGGAACAGAUGGACCAAAUACACAGAUCUCAGGGCAGACAAUAAAGGUUCAAUUCCGUUCCGAUGGUUCGAUUUUCCGCACCGGAUUUAAGUUGUCCUUCACUGCCGGCGAACCAACAUAUGGCUCUGCCGCAUCCACGAACAUCGGAGCCAUACUGGGAGGUGUAUUUGGCGGUAUCACAGUUGUAGCUAUUGCAACCUGCUGCUGCUGCUGUAGACUUUGUUUCAGGAAGAAAUCCAGUCCCAACGACCAACAGCAGAGGAACAGAUCGUAUGAAGGCACCGUCUCUUUCAUCAACGUGCCCAGCUACCCGCGAACUACGCCUACUGAUCUGCCGUUCAUGUUUCCACCACCUCCUUCUUACGAUGAUGUAGUGAAGGAUGACCCCCCACCGUACUGUCAGGCAGUUCUACUAUCAGACAUACAGCCUGUUGUGACUUUAUCCCAUGGUGGUGUAUCUGAAGGAUAGAUAACAGUGACAGUCUCACAUGACGUACAUGAUUUGAUUACUUGAGAACACUUUAAAAGACUCAUUUGUGUGUACUCAUCCAGUGCCUUCAUCCAUAUAUUUUUUUUGCAGGCGGUAUCGUUUCGUACCAUGUUUUUUUAACAUUAAAUAUUCAAAAUAUAAAUCACUUCGUUAUUAGAGCCAAUUUUUAAAAUGUUGAUUGACUUGACUUAUUAGCACAUUAAUGAGGUUAUACAAUAUGUCUCCCACUUGCAUAUAACCUUUAUAUCCACCUUGAUAAAAAGUUUUCGUGAUGUAAUGUAUGCAGCAAUUGAAUUUUUAACAAUGUUUUUAAUCUUUCAAAUUAUGUGUACGAAUAUGUACGAUGAUGAACGGUUGUCGCCCUUUACAAGUGAAAGAUAUCACCGACUGGUCGCUUUUCCAUAAAGAUUGCCUAAAACAAUGUGAUAAUAAUGAAUGGAUACCACACAGUCCACACAAGCCCCCAAGGAAAGACACCUUAGAAUUUCCCCUUCGGUGUCGUAUAUUUGAAUAAUUUUGUUUUUGUUUUUGUGUUUGAAAAAAUAUAUUCUUU